UUCAAAUUUUCAAAAACAGCUUACAGGUCCCCCAACAUAUACAACAGGGAUUUCAUACUAUUCUCUAUGCAUGAUUUUAAUAUAUGCCAAACCGUACACCAGCAAGAUAUUCAAGAACUCAAGAGGUGGUAUGAAGAUUGCAAACUAGACCAAUUAGGAAUUUCACCAAAAUAUAUAUACACUUCAUAUAUGCCAAUGUCUUCAUUACUCUUCGGGCCUGAAUUCUCGGAUGCUCGUUCCGUGUUUGCAAAAUACGUUUUGCUCACAACUCCAUUGGAUGAUUUUUUCGAUGAAUUGGCUUCCCAAGAGGAGCUGCUCAACCUAAUCGAAUUAGUAAAAGGUUGGAAUCGGUAUUCAACCAUAGGCUACGUUUCAGAGAGAGUUGAAAUUUUAUUUUUAGCAAUAUACAAAACAUUUAAUGAGUUUGCAGCCAAGGCAGAGAUUAUGCAAGGUCGAUGUGUGAAAGAUCAAAUAUUUGACUUGUUUCUUGAUGUUCUGAAUUGCAUGAUGAGAGAAGUAGAAUGGUGGAGAGAAGAGAAUACACCAAGUGUAGAAGAAUAUUUGUCAAUUGCCUGUGUUACUAUAGCUGUCAAAGCUAUUCUUUUUACAACACAAUAUGUUCUCGCGCCAAAACUUUCGGAGGAGGUUAUAAAAAGUGCUGAACUUGGGGAAAUAUGCAAAUGUACAACUAUGGUGUGUAGACUCCUUAAUGACACUCAAACUUACAAGAAAGAAAAAGAAGAGAGGUCAAGUAACAUAGUGAACAUACUCGUAACACAAAGUGAAGGAACGGUUUCGGAAGAAGAGGCAGUAGAACAGGUAAAAGAAAUGCUGGAGAUGAACAGAAGAAAAUUGCUGAGACUGGUGCUUCAUAAGAAAGAAAGCAGUCAGUUGCCGCAAGUAUGCAAAGAUCUGUUUUGGAACACGAGCAAAGUAGCUCAUAUUCUAUACUCAAACGGCAAUGAGUUUCGCUCUCCAGAGGGACUCAAGAGUAAUAUAAACACAUUAUUUUACAAACCAGUCGACCUAUCCCCAAAACAAGCCUAAGAGUCUCGCCAAAUGGCCGAUGCUGAAACCCGAAGCAGAUUUUAAUGAGUUUUAUUGUUCUUAAACUGAAUGUUAGCUUAUCCUGAUGCUAUAUAUCUCUAUGACCAAUUGUGUUCAUUGAUCACAGAGCAUUUGGAAAAUUUCCUUUUGUCUUCUAUACUUCAACUUAUUGUUAGUUAUGUUGUAAAAUGUAGUGAGACCUAGAUUGUUGAAAUAAUUAGAGUUGUAUUUAAGAAUGUUUUCAAAGUUUGAUUUGCCAUUUGUCAGUCAACA